AUGAGAGGUGGUGUGUGUGUGUGGGGUGUGAGCCUCCUGUUUUUGGGCUUCCGAUGGGUGAAUGGACAAAGCCAAACCAACUUCACCAGGCCUGUUUUCCUGUGCGGGGGUCAUUUAGCAACAGAGUCAGGAUUCGUAGCUAGUGAAGAUUUCCCCACUCACUACAAACCCAACUCCAAAUGCACCUGGUACAUCACUGUCCCAGAGGGUCACGUGGUUAUGCUGCAGUUCCGCAUUUUUGACUUGGAGGCUGAUCCCACAUGCCGCUAUGACUACGUGGACGUGUAUAAUGGGCACUCAUACACGGUGCAGAAGCUCGGACGUUUUUGUGGAACGUUCCGGCCCGGCGCGCUCAUCUCCACCUCCAACACCAUGAUGCUGGAGAUGGCGUCGGAUUCCAGCAAGGGCGGGAGAGGCUUCCUGGCCUUCUUCAGCGGAGGGAAGCCACAUGUGGAUGAUAAUCAGUUCUGUGGUGGCAGGCUGACGGCACACCAGGGAUCAGUGAAGACUCCAAACUGGCCAGAUUUGGACUACCCAGCAGGCAUCAGCUGCUCUUGGCAUAUCUCAGUGGCAACCAACAUGAUCAUUGAAGUGAAAUUUGAAAAGCUGGACCUGGAGGCAGACAUGUACUGUCGCUAUGACUACGUGGCACUGUUCAACGGCGGUGAAACAGACAACUCUCGGCGUAUAGGCAAAUUCUGCGGAGACUCGCCCCCGGAGGUUGUUGUGACCAAUGGGAAUGAGUUGUUGGUGCAGUUUGUGUCUGACCUGAGUGUAACAGGUUCGGGCUUCUUGGCCCAUUACAACAGCAUUUCACGUGGGUCCCGGACUGCCACCGUGGGCCUGGAUACUGCGCCUGGUCCCCAAGUGGACCCUGCACCUGUUCGUCCCCGUACAAGUCCAGCUGGACGUGUUAGACCUGUGCCCAAACCUAGACCUACACCCAAGCCUAAGCUUGUUGUAAGGCCUAAAGUAACACCAAAACCUGCAUCUAGGCCACAGAAGCCUAAGACCCCCAGACCAACUCCCAAGCCGGCAAGCAAGCCUAAACCCUCAAAGCCUACACCUAAACCUAAGCCUAAACCCGUGGCCAGGGUCACCCCAAAACCUGCAGUAAAAUCAACAGUGAAGGCCAAGGUUAAACCAACACUGAAGCCUAAAGCGAAGCCUGCAGCCAAGCCAGGCACUAAGCCUGCAAAACCUACCUCAGGGUCCAAAGCAAAGCCAAAGCCAAGUGUGAAAACGUCUAAACCACAGACCAAACCUGUCACUAAUAACAGGACUGGCAUAACAGGAAACAGGAAACCACCAGCGCAGAACCCACACUGUGUGCAGUCAUGCCGGAGAACAGGCACCCUUGUGACCAGUUUCUGUCCCAGCCACUUCGUGGUGACAGGUAAGGCGACGUCGCUGACCCCAGGUGCCCAUGGCAGUGUGGAUGUGGAUGUGACCAUUAUUAAGACCUAUAAGGCAGGUAGACUUAACAUCACCAAGAAAGGAAAAACCAUGUCUGCCACCAUUACAGCUCAGUGCGCCAAGUGUCCCGCCCUGCGUAAAGGAAUGAACUACGUUCUGAUGGGUCAGGUGGAUGAAAGGGGAGAAGCCACUUUGAGCCCUUCCGACUUUGUUCUUCUCCAUAAGGCAGUGCACGACAAGGUACUGGCCAAUCUUGCGAAGCGGCAGUGCUGACCUCACGUCUGCUCUACCAAUCACAGUGUUGGAAACCAGCAUUAAUUAUAUUCCAGGUUGAAUAUUACAACCUCAUCUUAAAACUGAACGGUCAACAAAUAAAGCACUUCUAGUGUAGCGGUUUUUGACAUAUUGUCAUGUAGCCUGGUGCCACUGCUAUAAAUGAAACGAGUUUUCAGUUUUACUGACCCAAACAGGGAAUUUAGGGUUUAUUCAAUGAAAUAUUAAAACCAGAACAUUUCUGAACUUUCCCAAGAUGUGUACAUGUGAAGGUUAAAAUGAAAAGAUUCCACUCAUUCAAGUGGUACAGUCUGUCUUUGUGUUCACACUUAUCUACUUUCUGUUUUACCUGAUGGAUUCGUUAGUUACACUGCAAAAUAUUGUCUAGUAUAUAGAAAGUACAUAUCACUGUUAUUUUUAAUUCUGUCGACUUCUUAUGAGACAUUGUGUAAUUAAUAAAUUAUAAUAUUCUUUAAAAAUAUGAUUAAAGAAUGUAACGACAUUACAGUGAGUAGAUUCUUUUGGUUCAAGUCAGAUCAUUUGUAGAAAGAAAAAAACUCAAGAUUUAAGACACAUGCAGUGAUUGUGUGAGUUGCGCUGAAUAUUAAGGCCCUAGUAUCAAACAGUAGUAUUUCAUUAUCUUAUUUUAAAUUUACUCAUAAUUUAUUAGCUUUUAUACAUGUCACUAUAUAAAUCAUUCUACAUGAUCAACCUUUAGAAUAUCUAGGUCAUUAGGAAUUUGAGACAUUCACAUUUAAGGCAUUUAGCAGAUGCUCUUAUCCAAAGCGACUUACAAAAGUGCUUUGUCGUUUACUCA